AUGCAAGAUUUGGAGGCCAUCGUGCGCUCGCUCAUGGAGGAUCAAGGAUCGCAACCAUUUGAAUUUGCCCGGACUGUCCCCGUCCGCCGUCCGUGCCUUGAUUCUGCUUCGAGGGUCAGCGAUGUUGAACAGUUGGAGCCGGUGCCAGUGGUGGCUGGGAUCGCAGAUAGUUACGUUUGGGAAAAGGAAGGGGAGACAGGCGGGGAUGAGGAAUUCGAAGAGGUCCUUGAAGUUUUGGCAGUCUUAGAGCUCUUGAAACACGACUCGAAGGAGGUGUGUGAACGCGCCUUGGGCCUCGUGGACGCGCUGGUGAGUAGCAACCCACUCCACCGCGACGCGGUGUGGCACCAUGGUGGCAUCCCUUUGGUGGUCCAACUGCUGAAGAGUGGCCCAGCAGAGCAGCUCCAGCGCGCUUGCUCGUUGCUGAAAACCUUGGCCAGUAGCCAGAAAGAGGCACAGAUGGCUGUGGCUUGGGCUGGUGCUAUUCCCUUCUUGGUGAACUACCUGAAUCAUGACCUGGGUGCUUUGAGGGUUGAGGCUGCAAAAGCUCUGUGGAGCUUGGCGCAGAACAAUGUCGACAACCAGACGUCGAUUCUUCAGCACCAUGGGCUGCAGCGCCUGGUUCCGUUGCUGCAUGGUGGAGCCAAGGAUGCUCAAGAGCCAACGCUGCUUUUGCUGCUGGCAUUGGCGCAGGGGCAUGAGCAACAGGACGGCGUUUGGGGACAGCUGACCUUUGUGGUGUGUUUGGUGUUUUGGGCAUGA